UGCAGCAAAGCUAACCUGGGAGGGAGUGGUGGAAUGUCAAAACUCCAGUGCUUUUUAUUGUAUUCUUUUCCAUUUGUUAUGUAUUCACCCUCCCUUUCCUCCACCCAGAGGGGGUGGGUGUGUGAGUCAGAGCCUUGAGGUGGAAACGUACCAAUCGAGAAACAAAUAAGCUGGGAGGCAGCUCUGGCAGCGUUCAUUUCACUGUUGCUCUUGUCAGCUCACGAUAACCUCACCAGGAGCUUUUAGCCGAAGAAGGCAGAGGGCAAAAUCCAAAGGAAUUCCUUCAGAACCAAACAAUCCAACAGAACUUAUCGUCCUUGAAGAAGCCAUUUGGAAAGCAGUGAUCUCUCAAAAUGUCAUUUUUUCAAAAUUUGAAAAAGUCCACAAACACGGACUCAAAAGAACCUAGUGUGGACAGGCAGCAGGCGAUUAGUGAAAGUCAGAAGAAACAGCGUUACAUAAGGGAUGGUGAAUGGAUCAAAAAUAAAUCGAACCCAGAAGAUGUGGUCAAUCAACCAGAAAAUAUCAACUAUGGUAGAAUUGUGCUCGGCGGAAACCAACCUCGGCAAAGCCCAACCAGGAAAGAGAGUGGAACUGAUAAGUAUAAGUCUGCUACCUUGGAUAGACCACAAGGCAGUACACAGUUAAUUGAUACCGUUAAUAAGAUGAUGCUCAAUCGAUACCGAUCUGAAGAGUUCCUGUUCAGAGAAACGAGCACUCCUGACAUUCCAAGCAAGCACCGUCAGUCUACAACCUUGGACAGACCAAAAAUGUUUGGAAAUGUUGUUUCUGUUAGGAACUCAGAGCAAUUUCAUGGCUUCCAUAACAAAAAGAUCACGUUGAAUCGAUACAGAUCAGAAGAAUUCCUGAACAGGGAUACCAGUGGCAAGGAUCCUUACAAAGCUUCUACCUUGGACAGCAAAUCCAGGCCGCUCUGGGGAUCCACUGAAAAACUUCCCUCCAGCACCAGCCAGCCUUCUUCCAUAAAUGUGAAAACUCCCACCAGUGAGAAGAGUCCCAGCAAGCCGUUCUGGGGAUCCACUGAAAAACUUCCCACCAGCCAGCCUUCUCCCACAAAUGUCAAAACUCCCAGCAGGAACACCAGUAGCAUGGAUUCUUACAAACCUAACUCGGACAGAAAAUCCAAGCCGUUCUGGGGAUCCACUGAAAAACUUCCCACCAACCAACCUUCUUCCCCAACUGUCAAGACUCCCAGCAGCAGUUAUAGGACCCCUUCAGUGAAGGUUGAAGAACCCGCAAAGCCGAUAGUGAUAAAGGGGAUUCUUCCAAAAGACGAAACUCCUACGAACCCCAGAACAUCAUGGAUUUCAAAAGAUUCUUUGAAUGGAAAAACACCGGUUGCUGAAACUCCGUAUUUGAUUGAUCUGUCACCCAAUACGGAGGAAACAAGGAACAGCACUGAAGACUUGGAUAAGAUCAAACCAUUCAUUAAAACUCAAACCAAAAGUGAUCCAUAUUCAAAAGACUUGAUUGAUGUCUCAGAUCAGGAGGAUAAUUCAGAAAAUAUUAGCCCUUACCCCACUACAACCACAAAAACAACGUAUGAUCCAAAAAGCUCAAGAAUCAAUGGAGGAAACAAGAAAAAAUCAUUCACUAAACCAACCUAUGAACCGGAGAACAGAAACUCAACUUCUUCUCUUCGGUCAGACCCACCGAACAACCUCCAAACAAGAGUAAUAACUACUGCUUUCAGUGUUGCUGAAAAGACGUCUAACGAUCCAAAUGCAUGCAGUUACUGCUUCAAGCCCAUUAGCUUAAGUCCAAGGAUCAUAAUAGAUGACAUGAACCUGAACACCCAUGCAUCAUGCUUUAAGUGUCAGAUCUGCAGUCAGUCUCUGGAAGACAUACAAGCUGGACAAAGUGUGUGGAUUCAUCGGCAAAUGAUUCACUGUGAACCAUGCUACGAUCAAAUGAGAGCAAAACUCACAUACCCUUGAAGAAAACCUGGCAGCUGAAUGAAAAUUACAGUUUGAUAUUCACUGAGGACACAAGGACAUAUUUACACUGUUUUAGGAGACACAUUUUAGAGAUAUAAUUUCUUUUCUAUAAUUGCUUUUCAGUUUGCAUAAGUAAAGGAAUGACGCUUCCUGAAUGUUUCUUUGUACACCUUAUGAUGUAAUUAUGGGUACAUUGCACCAUCGGAACCAGAUUAUGUAACCUUUAUUCUGGUGAACUUGAAGUCAACAUUUAAGUAACUGCCCUGAAAUAGCUUCUCUGUUUGCUCAACGUAUACUUUGAAAGGGAUAUAAUACAAUCUUCGGUGGAAUCUUUCCCAAAAUGGGUAUAAGUAGGGUACUUCACUGGAAAUGAAAACUGUUCUUUUUAAAAAUUAUUGAAUUUAGGAAAUAAACUUGUAAAACUCUUCCUCCACUGAACAAAUGUAAACAUUCUUAAAAUUAUAAUGUAAAUGUUAAACCUAAGAUAAUGCUGCUGUAUUAGAAACUAUUUGUUUGCUAUGUUUUCUAUCUUCCAUAAUGCAAUUAAUGAUUGCAGUUAUUACAAAUAACUGCAUAACAGACAAAAACCUAGAUUUUCCUCUUGCUGAGCAGCAGUGGAUAUUACUGAGGUGGUACUAAAGGCAAACCUAUCACAUAAUUUUGCAAUGUGGUAAGAUUUUGGUUGGGUAGGGUUCAGUGACCAGUCUGUUUCCAAGUAAUAUGUUUAGGCCUUUUUAUUUGUUCUUACUGGAAUCAAGGCAACUCAAUAGCUGAAUAACAGUUCCAAGAGACUGCCAAAAACAACUCAUUGUACUGGGAUUAGCGUCUGUCUGGCCUUGUCCAUUAUCAACGGCAACAACUAAAGUCAAAAUCACAAUACUGCUGCCUUUAACAUGAUUCAAAAAUACCACUGACUGGAAAAAUCUAGCCCGCUGAAUUGUACAACCUGUUUGUUUCACAGCUUUUUGAAACAACUGCAGUAAAACACUAAUGCAAACAUAUAUCACCCAAUAGAAGGUAGAAAAUUUUGUAAAUAAAUCACUUCUAACGCAUUAGCAUAGAUCCAGUUUUAUUCUGUAAAAAUAUGGUGUAUUUUGUUGUGGGGUUUAUCGUCUAUUUUAUCUGGAAUCAAUGUAUCAGUAAUAAUUUGUUUUCAAAAUUGUUGCAUAAACAUAUAAGAACAUUGGCAUAGUGUAUGGAACAGUCCAAACUUGUUUUUACUCAUUAGCCAAUAUUGUUCAAAUAUCAGAUUAUCAUUUUGCAAGCAAUGUUUGCUGGCUUUAGAAAAGGAAAAGAUUUGGGGAAAAAAAACACUGAUACUUGUAAAAAUGUCAUAAGUUAGUUGAAUUUGCUUCCACUGUGAGUACUUAAAUUAAUUAAUGGUGAAUGUAAACACAGUACUCAGAAUAAUAGCAUCAUAAAGAACAAGCUUCUAAACGUUUUUCUUAUUUACCAGAAACACCCCAACUAUCUGUGCACUUAUAUUAAAUGGGGCUUUCAUGUGUGAUUAUCUUUUUAAAAAAUACACAGCAAUAUUGUAUGCUGGUAAGGAGGUUCGUUGUUCAUAAACUGUAAUAUUAAUGAAAAUAAAGAACUAUCAAAUGGUA